AUGAGGGAGGAGAAUGAAGGUGAGGCAGAGUUUGAAGGAAUUCAAGCAUUGCCUACUUUGGGAUUCUGCAUAAGCUGUUUAAUAAGAGAAGCACAAGGGACUUUCAAGCUUACAAAAGAAUUGAUACCAUGGAAGACAACUUUGAUGUAA